AUGACUCAAACACCCCAGCAUUUCAAGCUUCUUAUGUAUAUGAAAAAGCCGAAACCUUGGCGUACAAUGAACGAUAACGAUGGGAAUAGAAUGAGCUGCUGUGAAAAGGCACGAAAUGUUAAUAGAAUUUGCAGACGACUCGUGAUUAACUGUGCUCCGACUGUUCUAUUGAACUGUUGUAUUCCACCAGUCAGUAGAAAGAAAUGCCAUAAAAGAAAAGCUGAACCUCCGUUUUUAAUAAGGAAUUGUAUCAAUGGGCAUGAAAAUUGGAAAAGUUAUGCGCAGAAAGUGCAAGAUUGGACACAAAAGAUGGAACAGAGGAAACAAAAUAGUCCAUUAAGUUCUUCAUCUAUAAUAGAUCAAAGUCAGAUAUCAUAUUAUGAUAAUCAACUAGAAAAUGUGCCUUUUACAACAGUAUCAAUAACUGCUGCUGCAUUACUGCGUUCUUUUUAUACCAUUUGGCAUAUUGGACGCAUAUCAAAGAAAUCGUUGAAAACAAGUGAAGAGACUAAAACAGCUUUGAAACAACUUUCGGUUUCACCAGCAGUCGAAAAAUCUUUACGAGUAGUGCCAAAAGGCGGUCUUACUGCUAAAGUGAUCACUGAUAAAUCGCAGUUAUCGAAAAGAGCAUUGCAUACUCUGAGCCGUUGGGCACGAAUAACUGAAGACGUUGUGCAAGAUGGAUAUGAAUCUGGAUACGAUGAUGAUCCUGUUGAGAUUUGGAAUCGUGCGAUAACUCUUGCUGAUUUAUCAUGCAUCGGAAGUGAAUUAAAUGAUGUCACUAAAACUGCAGCUGAUGCAACUUCCUUUUCUACCAGUAUGCGUCACACGUGCGAUGCGUCAGUUUGUAUGUUUGGAGUGUCCGUGAUCGGUUGGUUUCACGUUGAGAGGUUUGGUUUGGUUGUUCAACAUUCUGUUGAAGGAAUUGCCGUGUCUCCAGGGGACCUGAAUAGUUCACUGAUUGCACAGAAAUGGUUGUCAUUUCGUUACCAACAACAAUUCGAAACUUUGAGGGCGAAAUUAGUCAUGUGGUAG